GCACGUUCGGCGUGCCGUGUCAUCACGCAUGCGGAGGGGCUUUUCGGUUUGCAAACAUUAUUAUUCACCCAAGUGUCGGAAGAGGGACGCAGAGAGAACGAAGAAGGGUUAAUAAAGAUGAGCAUGGAUAGAGUGAUACGGUACAUGUGCGUGAUCUUUAAGUGACGGCUGUGUGAGGCUUGGUGGGAAGCAAAGAGGUAAACAUACACUCGCACACACAGAGAGAGAGAAACACACGCUCACUCUAACACACGGUCUGUACGGGAUGCCCGCGUGACUGCAGGGAGGAAAGAAGCGGAGGAGGAGAAAGAUGGGGUCUUGGUGGACCAUAGCAAAACCUCAGAAAUUAAGUUCUUAAUUAUCUUCUCUUUUUUUUUUAUCCGAUAUAUCAUCUGAUCCACCUGGCUGCUAUUUUAAGACAGUUAGCAAAUCUAUGCUCAGAUAUUUCUCUCCAUCCCUAAGUCGCCAUAAUUAGCCGCUGCUUCCCGGACGGACCGAUAUAAUCUUCUCAUCCCUUUACUGGCGUUUCCUCCUGUAGGAUGAUGAACUGCAAGGUCGCCAGGUAGGGAGCGCACAUGUCGGGAAGUCUUUCCUCAUGACCGGGCGCACGCAUGUUACCUUUGCUGCACGGAGCGCAAAACAGCGAGCGAUCGUUGGCCGCUUUCUUUGGGACGGUUCGAGAACCUGCGGCCUGCUCGGGGCUCCGGUUAUACCGCAAUGCCACACGGGCCGAGAUGAGGGAGAGGCUGAGAGCCGGCGGGGAGGAGGAGGAGAAAGCGUCUGCAAGCAGCAAAUGAUGCGAAAAGGGAGGAUUUAAAACGAGCGGAGUCCAUGCUUUACUCGGCUUUAAAGUUGUGUUUUACUCGGACCGAACAGGAAAGUGGCACAAGGUGUACUCUGCGCUGCAUGGACUGAGACUACGCUGCGUCGACUAUAACUGUCUCAGCAGCAGCAGCAGCAGCAGAAGAGCUCAAACGUCAAGUGGGGUGAGUGCUGUGGUUGUGUAGAGGGCUGCUCGAUUCUCAGCUUUCUGCUGAUCAAGUUCUUGGACUCACUGACCGGUCUGGACAUUACGCAGGAACCAUUGCACCUGCCAGGGGGUCAGCUUGAUGCAUGAAUUGUAGCACAGUUAUGCCAGCAUUUACACCAGUUCCUCCUCUGCUCUUCUGUGUUUCUGCCUACACAGUUUGUUAUAUGAACUCAGUGCACAAGUAAACAUCUUCCCAUCCUCCUCACAUAACACACACACCCACGCACACACCCACCCACGCGCGCACACACACACACACACACACACACACACGCCUACAGACAAGACAACCAUGCCUUCACCUUCAGACUCCAGCAGCGUGGCUUCAGCCUCUGGAUCUCGCGGUUGGUCUGACAGUCGCAGAGGCAUGUCAGGCAGGGGGCCCGGUGGGGCCCGUCUGCUGCUCUACCUGGGUUUGUGCCACCUGGGGCUGGGAGCCAUGGUUCUGGCCUUCUCUUUCACCAGCAUGGCCUUCACCUCAUCCGCACGCGUCCGGCAGUCCUGUCCAUUCUGGGCUGGCUUCUUUGUGGUGGCAUCAGGGAUAGUGGGAAUAAUCUCAUGGAGAAGACCUCUAACACUGGUGGUGUCACUGUUCAUGUUGCUGUCUGCAGUGUGUGUGAUCCUCAGCCUGGCCGGCUCUAUGCUCUCCUGUCAGAACGCACAGAUGGUCAAGUCAAUGCUCAACUGCCAGGUGGAGAAUGGUCUCUGUGUGUGCUGUGCAGGCACUCAAGCCUGCUCCAUGGUGGAGGAGGAUACCCUGGUUCUGUCCCUGAAUGGAGACUGUCACUCAGUCAAACAUCAGUUAAAGGACCUCCUGUUCAGUGCGUGUGGUCUCAGCAUUCUCUCCACCAUCAUUUGUACGCUGUCCACUGUGACUUGCAGUAUCCACAUAUUCUCCUUGGAUCUCGUGCACCUGCUCGCCCCUCAUCGCUCCCGCUCAGUCAACCCAGAAUGCACCACUCCGCAAGAUGCCUUCCUGACCAACAUCAUGGACUUUGAGGAGUUUGUCCCCCCCAUUCCUCCUCCUCCCUACUAUCCCCCUGAAUACACCUGCAGCUCAGAGACAGAUGCUCAGAGCAUCACCUAUAAUGGCUCCAUGGAGAGUCCUGUCCCUUUGUACCCCACUGACUGCCCUCCUCCCUAUGAAGCUGUGAUGGGCCAAAGAGCUGCAAGCCAGGCAACAGUGUUUGACGCCCAUGGUACCGAGCUGUCUGGAGAGAGAGGGACCUCUACAGCCUUUAGCGGAGAAGUAUCUAUGGAUAGUGGUUCUCUGUUAAUGUCAGAGAUUGUGGACAUCCCUGAUGAUUCCUCCCCCUCUGAAGACUCGUGUUUGAUGGAGGUUGGCAUAAGGAGCCAUGGGGGCAACAGGACCUGUGCUGACAGGGGCGACGGUUUCUUCCGUGGUCCACAGUGUCAAACACCAGAAAGUCCACUGGCAGGAGGACCGAGGGCAAGACGGUUCCUCAGAGGGGAAAGGUCUAAUUCCUGCUCCUCGCCUAGCACAGCUACCAAUACAUACAGGUCUCCUGUGCUGCACCGCCAGGCUGUGUUAGCUAGCAGCUGUUCCCAGCUGGAAACAAUAGGAAACUCUCCAAAUCAACAGCAAUGUUUCAUCCCAGAGAUUCAGGUGAACCUCACCGACCCCUCAAACCAGGAAGCUGCCCCGGCCUCAUCCAUUCCCCCUCCAUCAUCUUCCUCAGCAGCCUGUGAGCACGGGAACGGACUGCUCCCUCCUCAUGGGGCCCUUUACCUUCGACGAAGGGCUGAGAGAAGUGACAAACAUGGAGGGACUGUUAGAAGACAAAGUGAAGGCUUUUUACGCCUUGGGAGGUCGCACAGUGAGCCAGGCCUCGGUUCUUCAACAGACACAGUUGACUUUGGAUCCGGAGGCAGCAAGGCAUCUACAGACACAGCUCCAUCUUCCGAAGCUUGUUUGUUGCCUCGCUCUUCUGUGGCUCCUCCUUCUGCUCUGCCAAGUAAAGGCGGCAUUAAGACAGCAGCCACAGGUGUGCAAAUCCCCCCUAAACCUGCACCAACCUCACCUAUACGUAUACCUAAAGACUGCCACCGCUCUCUGGGAGACCUGAAGGUUACCCGAGUUCUGGUGGCUCGCUUCCUGCAGCGCUCCAAACGUAACCUGGGGCCACCCUCUGAGCAUGCUGGGAGCACAGGACAGGGGCCAAAGAGGAGAAGUGGAGUGGAGACGGCUGGCUCUGACCACCUGUCUACUGAGCAAGUGUCGCGGACCCCUUGGAGCACCAGCCGCGGACACCCCAACGCUCACUCCCAUCAUCCUCACCGCCGGGGACAUCACCAUUCCCAUAGCGACAGUAGACACAACCGGCACUACAGCAGUCGAGCGCCAGAAGGGAUCCACCUGCGCAGCUGCGGAGAUCUGAGCUCCUCCACUUCAUCGUUGCGUCGAUUGAUGGCGCCUCAUGUGCCUCAUGGGUCAUCUGGAGCUCUCUAUUCAGAGUCUGUGCUGUGACGAGAAAAAGAGGGCGAAGGAGGAAAGAGGACGACAAGAUAGUACGAUUUUGACAAAAGUGAAAACAUUCAGAAUUUAUUUUUCAAAAGUCUUCCCCCCUUUUCCUCUUUGUCGCCUCCAUUUCCAGAGGUCAGCUGUGAAAACGGCUUUACUUCAGAGGUGCUUCGAAUGGACUGAACAUCAACGCAGAGCUCCAGCUUUCUUUACGAACAAGGAGAACAAUGAUCAAUAGAGAAUGACCAUUUACAGUACAAUUGCAUUUAGUCUUGUGCAACUUUAUGGGUUCCAAUACAUUUCUCAUCUUUUUUUUUAACAUCGCUGUUAGACCAUUCCUUUGCUCAGGUGACGAGAUUGAGAAAAUCCUUAAUUUAACUUAUAUUAACAGAAAUACCACCAAAAGCAGUCAGCUGAAUACAAUGUCUCACAAAAGUAUUCAUACCUUGGACUCCAAUAAUUCUUUUUUCCUCAGAUGAAAGUCUGAAGAGUAUAGUGUACACUAUUAAUCAGUGCCUCUAAGUCAGACCUUUGUAGGUCCACCUUUUACCAAAAUUACAGCUUCCCACUGAUUGUUGCAAAAUUGCACCAAAUUUAGUCAAAUUGGAUGGGGAGAAUUUGUGAAAUCCUCCUAAUCCUGCUAACGCUUCCUAUUUUUGAGGCCUUCGCUGAACAGAACAUACUGUAUGUAUAUACUAGGGCUGUAUUAUAUUAAGAAAACUUUAGAUAAUGUUUACUAAUAGUGGAUAAAUAAACUGUUAACAGUGUUCAGGUUUUCUGGCCCAAGGCUGGAUAGAGAAAUUCUUACAGAUUAGAAAUUCUCUAUCCAGCUACUGGAACAAAAUUAAACAUGUUUGGGAAAAAAAAUCACAAAUUGGCUUAUAUGAGUUAUUUUGGCAAAUGAACAAGUAUCAGACUUUUCUUAAUGACUUUAUCAGAAUGACCUAAUGCCCCCCUAAAAUAUUUUCUUCUGCUAUAAACAACAGACACCACCAAAUAAACCUACUGCAUGGAGAGCCUUAAUGCAUGGCACUAGAAGGCGAUCCAGUGUUUUUUUCUUCCAAACUCUUUUUUGUGGACAGUGAUGCUGCUAUAAUGAUAAAUUUACAAUACAUUGUUCAGCUCUACUUAUUGCUGACUUACGUUGGACUCUAACUUAAGAGUCCAAUGUAACUCUUGGACUCUUGGAAGUAAUUAAGUAAUUACUUCUGAAUUGCUUAAUUCAGAAGUAAUUAAAUGACUUCUGAAGGCAAAUAGUUGAACUGCACUCUAAUCAGGGGUAUGAAUAGAACUGUACAACACAUUUUUCAGAUUUUUAUUUGUAAGAAAGUUUGGAAGUCAUGCAUCGUUUACCUCCUACUUCACAAUCAUGCACUAGUUAGUCUCGGUAUUCCACAUAACAUUCACAGAAAAUUCAUUAAAUAUCAUGUCGUAACAAGACAAAAUACAAAAAAUGUAAAUGGGGUGUGAAUACUUUUGGAAACCUCUAUAUAAUGUAUCAUAAGAUGCACCAACGAGUUUGCACUUGAGGACAAAUGCUGUUACAAAGAAGAUCCUAAAUCAGCUUUAUUUUACUCUUUUUCCUCCCCUUUAUUUUAAGAGUUAUUUUUCGCCAAUUUGGCAGCGUUCGCCUAAACAAAGCAGCCAGCAUUCCUUACAGAGACACCAAUGGCCACCACAGACAUGACUCCAGUGGUUGAAUUGUACCACGGUGCGUGUGAUAUGCACACAAAAAGGUGCAUGUUUUUGCUACAGCUGCAAUACUGCGGGAACCUUGUGCAUUUGAUUCUGCCUGUAACAAUUGCUCCGAAUGUCUUUAUCUGCAUGUUUGCUUCCUUAUUCUGUUUCUCCUCCUGCACACAGGACCUGUGAUGCAACCACUUGAAAUGUUAGUUGAGGUCAGGGACAAAGUCAUCUGCCAGGUGGCUCCACACUCGCCUCUGGACCUUGGCUACAGGUGGAUGAUCCUUGUCAGACGUGAACUGCUUUGAGAGGCUCUUGCAGUAAAUGUAUCAUGAAGUUCUGGAUACACACUGUGUUGUUACAUUUCGGCUGUACAGUGGUUGUUUAAAGAUGAUUAAAUGAGGG